AUGCUGUGCGAACACCAGGUAGCAUCUGGCAUUCUGGGCUGUCCGGUUGAAGUAUUAGGCCUGAUCUUCGAGAUCCUUUCGCCGGCUGAACUGCGUGUGCUUAGCAUUGUCAAUAAAGAGCUGCGCGCCCGAGUUGAGCCAUUUCUCUACGCAAACAUCCAGUGGCUUUGGCGCGAAGCUUCUUCGCCUCCCCCGAUCACUCAACUCUUACACACGAUCUCGUGCAAGCCGCAAUUGGCUACUUACAUCACAAAUGUUCACUUGGACGGCAUGCAUAUCAAAGGUCGGAUGACGGCAGGCCCUCCCAAAAUACUCAUUUCCAGUUCCGAGUUGACCGAAUACACUGCAUUCAUCCAGGGGACUGGGGUGCCCUACAGCGAUCUCUGGAUAUGUGAAUUACACCAGGGUACGAUUGAUGCUCUCCUUGCCCUUCUGGUAGCACAACUUUCAAAUCUCAGGUGCUUGUACUUGGGCCCGAUUUACACUAGACAAAAUCAAGUUCUCGGAAUGAUCCUCAACUCAGCCUUAUGCAGACCUAUGGAUUAUAGGCUACCUACCUUUCAGCAUCUCCGAGAUGUGUCUUUCCACCGUGUUGUGGGCGACGACGGCACGAGGCCCAAAAUGACCCCCCAAGAUAGAGCCAAGAACACCGCCAAUGUCUUGCCAUUGUUUUAUCUCCCGAAUGUCCGAAGCAUGUCCGUCACUGUUGAGAACCCUGAUGUAUUCACAUGGCCUGCAGCGCACUUACCUGACCCUUCCAAACUUACCUCGCUUGACUUGACUGCAGUACGGGAAGCCUACCUCGGUGACUUGUUGUCAGUCAUGCCAUAUCUCAAAACCCUUCGCUGGGCCUGGUAUUACGACUAUGGCGUCGAGGAUGACUUCGUUUCGCCUACCGUCGAUCUUGAUAGGAUCGCGGCCGCAUUAUCUCGUGUUCGAGGCACUCUAAUGGAUUUAACAAUCUCAGCUGAUGCCCCAAUCGGAGGCAAUGAGCAGUUCCAUCCCGCUGUUAAGAUGCAGGGCUCGCUGCGUGCAAUGGUAGAGUUCGACGAGCUCAAGAGACUUCGGAUUCCCCUGGCAUUCCUCGUGGGGUUUUUUGAGGACACAACGAAAAGAUUGCAGGACGUGGUCCCGAGGAAUAUCGAGUUUCUAACCAUUACGGAUGAGCUGGGGCUACAAAAUGACGGUGGUGAUAAUAAUAGUGAUUGGCCGAUCUACGAAUGGACAGAUACUGCUGUUUUGACCUUGCUUCGGACAUGGCUGAGGGAUUGGAAAUCUUGCACGCCCCAGCUUCGUGGCAUUUCUGUAUUGUUCGACUAUAUAGACACCAAUAUUGGGGAAUGGCCCCCUGAACUGAGGCACCAGUUCAUGGAGCUAGGUGCUCAAGCCGAAGUCCACCUCGACUUAAUCGAGUGGAAGCGCGACUGGUAA